UCUUGUGUUCAUUUUGAGGUUUGAAGGUGGAGCUUCAUGGAGUUCCUCUUGGUUUCAUUUGCAGUUAACCAAACUUUUGUCAUCCAGUUCUGAGUGAUUGCAUGUGUGCUGUCAUGGUUUACAUCACUGACCUCCCUUAGGAACUUACUUAGUGUCUUCUGACAGUAUUAAAGAUGACUGGGAUCCAGUACCUGGCAUGUCUGUGGACUCUGUUCAUCACACAGACUGGAUUUGUGUGCAGUGACAUUCAGUUCUUGGAGAGGAAUGAGGGGGAAUCUGUGGUUCUUCCCUGUGUAGUUGACCAAAGAAACCCUUCGCCCUUCGGUGUCUACCUGAAGCGCAACUGGCUGAAAACCAGUGAAGUGCUGUUCAUGCACACCGGGAACGACGUCAGUGCAGAUAACCGCAUCAGUGUCAGUGGAGACCCGAGCAGCCACUCUCUGAACGUGACCAUCUCUCAGCUGAGUGCCAGCGACACAGACCGCUACUACUGUGAGUUUGUUGCGAACAACCCUUUAGGUGAAGAUGACCGAAAACAGGGGAAGACUGAAUUCUUCCUUCUUGUUAAUUCUGAUGCCCUCGGGCCAGUGGACAUUGGGUUGGUGGAGACAUGUUCUGGGGGCUCAGCCGUGCUCCCCUGUCUCCCCCCACACGGGGAGGCCUUGGCCGUGGAAGGGGUGAGUCUGAAGCGACAGAGGGGCCGGGCACGUGUGGAGGUGUUGUACCACUCAAAGCGUCACCACGGCGGCAGCCCUCCAUCCUCCUCCCUGUUCCCUGUUGAGAGGGUCCACCUGUCCUCGGCUCCCGGUCCCAGGGGCAUCACCUACAACCUGACCCUGCAGCAGCUGCAGCCGGACGACAGCGCCCUGUACAGCUGCCAGCUGCUCCUCAGUGGCAGGCCCGACACCAGCACCACUCUAGGAAGACAAGCACUCUUUGUUUCUGUGCAAGGAGGUCAGUGUGGCUGCUCCAACUACUCCACUCUGCUAUAUGCUUUGUCCUCAGCUGUGGCCAUUCUCCUCCUCAUCCUUGGAUUUGUGGUGAUUUAUAAAGGCAAAGCACACCGCAGUGUCAAGUCACACCCUCAGGCACCCAUUUACGAGGAGAUGACCGGGCUGCAGCCUGUCAGUCGAAAACUGGCCCCCCGUCAUCUGGAGGAAACUGAGUCUUCAGAGUACAGAAACUGCUCUGUGAAGAAAUCCUAUACUGAAAACCAUUACGAAAGCCCCAUUGGAGCCCUGAGCCCCAGGAGUGAGUCGUAGAAAUGAAAUAUUAGACCUUGUCACCAGCAUCGGGAACUAGACUAACUCAUCAACUCCGCUGCCUGAAACUCACUGAAUUCCAAUUAGCACUCUGAUUUCUCUAACAGAUUUUAACAGAAAUGUUUACUGCCACUGUUUGUUUUUGGCUAUUCAGCUAAUUAAAGGUACCCUGUGGCAUUUUGGUAACAAAGUUAUGUCACUGUUUAUAAUAUUGUUUAUGAACAUUUCACUGUUUCUCACCAAAACCCCUUUGUGUGUGUGUCUUUGAGAUCUAACAAACAUGUUGAAAGCAUUUCCUUCCUCAUAAAACAUUUGCAAACCUCCAGAUUUGUCACAUUUCUACAUUUCUUGAAGUUACCGCCACUGACAGUCAAUCACAUGCAUGAGCGUCAUGCUUGUACACAAGAAUCUAACGAAAUGGGUACCAUUUUUAAAAAUGUUGCUCCACAGUGCUACACUUUUAAAUUGUAAUUGCACUGAAAAGUUAAUAAAAACAUU